CAGUACGCGAACUAAGUGAAGAAUGUUCCCCCGAAUAGGUGUAGCACUCUAGGUAGCGCACUCUCAACGCCGGGUCGAGUGCAACCUGGUCGCACAUUCACUGCACGUGAUGGUUACAGUCUAAGACUAGUACUGGAACUCUAUCGCUGAAACUCUCAGGGCGGUCCUUGCAUGACGUCGCUAUCAAGAUCAGGCGUUAUAGCGUCCGCAGCUCGCAGAAACCUUUCUGCUACGACUCCAAGGGCUGGUGCUGCUCGGCGAGCUUCGUCGGAGGCUCACCAUGGUGAACACGAUUCCUCUUCUGAUCAUAGAACCGAAACCCUUUUUACACCGUUCUGGAGGAAUACUUUUGUUGGUGGGGCUUUGGCAUAUGGGCUCGUUACUGUCGUCCCGGCGCCCAGCGAAUCAAAUAAGGAGGGUGGCGCGAUCAGCAAGUUCAUCCAGCGGAGGAUAGCAGAUCCAGAGGAUUGGUUGAAGAAAAAUGAGAUACACACUCUUGCGGCUGAGCGUACUGCACAUAGCAGGAUUGUCGCACAAGGGGCUGAGAGGCCGAGUAUUUAUCGAUAUAAAUUUCCUAGCAUGUUGGAGGCGCACUCCCCUCAUCUAGUGCCCGUGGGAACAGAAGUCCACAUCCCUGCCCGAUCCUAGAGUGAAUGUUUCGACUACUGCAUCUGCUAGUUGUAGCCUGCCAUCUAGUCCCGACGGAUUCAUUGGUCGUGGUGUUCUGCGGAGUAUGAAAGCUGACCGUAAACCCAAUGAUUGUCACCAAUGGGAGAUAAUGACAUAAUUGCUGAGCCCUAGCUCUUGCCCAUCAUAUUGAUUAGAGUAAAUACGUGCAGGCAAAAAUCUCCUAUCAUCUAUUUAAUUAUUAGUGAACGCGAUGGCGCGUCCAGCAAAGCACGGUAACUUUCCAAAUCAAGUCAGAC